AUCACCGAGCUGGUGCAGUGCAAAACGCUCGCUCAUCCUCACCGAUGGUGUGCAGAACAAGGGGGACAUAAAAAAAAAACCUUCUGAAACUUUAAACAUCCAUCCUUUUCUUAAACAAACAAAAAAAAAUCCACAACAAAAAAUUCAUCAUGAGCUACGAUUCCUACAUCUCCUACCGCCGUCCUUGGGACGGCUACAGAGGCUCCCAGACCUCCUACAAAUCCUCCAUGUCUUCCUCGCUCUUCUCCACUCCUCGAGCUCCUCCGUCCGGGAAGAGGAUCCUGAGGCUGGCCUCCUCUUCCCUGCCCGAUGGGUCAGAGCGGAUGGACCUGGCUCAGGCCAGCUCCAUCAACACAGAGCUGCUUGGUCUGCGCUCCCAGGAGAGGGAACAGCUGGUGGGUCUUAACGACCGCUUCGCCACCUACAUCGAGAAGGUGAGGCACCUGGAGCUGCAGAACCGGGCCCUGCUGGCCGAGCUGGAGGCGCUGAGGAGGCGGCAGAACGACCCAUCCCGUCUGCAGACGCUCUACGAGGGCCAGGCGCGGAGUCUGAGGGCCAUGAUAGACUCGGAGAACGGGGAGAAGAUGCGGAUGGAGGCAGAGAGAGACUACCUGCGUGAUGUGUACGAGCAGAUGAAAGAGCGCUAUGAGGAGGAGAUGAGGAGGCGACUGGAUGCUGAGGAGACCCUGCAGAGGGCCAAGGAGGAGGCCAGCAGGGCCGUGCUCUCCAACUGUGACAUCGAGGCCAGCGUGGUGUCUCUGUGCGACGAGAUGGUGUUCUUGAAGAAAGUCUUUGCAGAGGAGCAGGCAGAGCUGCAGGCUCAGCUGCAGGUGGCUAACAUCAGCGUGGAUGUGGAGGUGUCCCGGCCCGACCUCUCCACCGCCCUGCGAGACAUCCGGGCCCAGUACGAGCGGCUGGCCAACAAGAACAUGCAGGCCGCCGAGGACUGGUACAAGAGCAAGUUCGCAAGCGUGGCAGAGAUGGCCAGCAAAAACAACGAGGCCGUGCACGCCAUCCGGGAGGAGACCUUGGAGUACCGGAGGCUGCUUCAGUCCCGUUCAUCCGAGAUCGAGGCUCUCCGGAACGUCAUCAACUCCUUAAACAAGCAGCUGGAGGAUCUGGAGGAGACGCAGGCCAAAGAGGUGGCAAAGUACCAGAUAAGGAUAAGUGAGCUGGAGCAGGACAUCGCCGACGCUAAGCAGGAGAUGGCGCGUUACCUGAGAGAGUACCAAGACCUUCUCAAUGUGAAGAUGGCCCUUGACAUUGAAAUCGCUGCGUACAGAAAACUCCUGGAGGGGGAAGAGAUCCGACUGGCUUACCCUUCCCUUCCCGGCCUAAACUAAAAAACCUAAAUGCCACCAGCCUGGCAUAAACCUGAAUUCUUCAUCCCCUUUCUGAUCUCCCCUCACCUUCAUCAUCAUUCCUCUCCCUCCCUCCUUCCCUCCCUCCCUCAUUUCUUUUACAUCCCUCCCCUCUUUCAUAUUCUCCCUGCCCCCCCCCCCCCUCAAAAAAAAAUACACUUUCAUCUACUCCAAACCAAAGCUCAUCGUUCUCAAGACAGAUGCGCCCUUGUGCUAAACAAGAGGUCCACCAGAAGUCCCCCUUCUUCUACACACGAUAUGACACCACACAUCACGAAGAUGGCAAACUGUAAAAAUGCAGAGUGGCUGCACUGCAUUAGUUACGUAGCUAUAUACCGGACAGCAAUAUUGCUUUGGCUGAGUUCCUUUUUACGUCUCACAUGUUUAAAGUCCAAGCAGCAGAGUAACUGUUCGACUCUCCUGAAGCCUCGUUGUGCAAACAUUUGACCAAUUGUUUGUGAAGGAGGACAAAGAAAAUCCCCUUUCUGCCUCGACUGCUUGGACUUUAGCUGUGGUUAUAAACCGAUGCAAGAAAACCUGCAGGAUUAACUGACCGGGAACUCUACCAAUCGAUUAUGCAUUGUCCUGCACCCCUGGUUCUGUAGUAGUCAGUGAACCAGUAACCUUAAAACAUUUAAUUUUCACUAUAUUAAAGUCUCAUUUUUGUCCAUUUUAGUUAUUCUUCCUCUGCAUUUACGUCUAUAAUUCCACAAGUUUGGGUUGGUUUAAGAAUCAGAGUGAGUUUUUCCUAUUUGGCCGGUUGUUUAAAUUCUCUAAUUUCCAACAGACCUGUCUUUUUCUUGCAUCACCGUCUGGACAUGUAAAUGCUGUGGAAGACUAAUUGUUACUGGUUUUCUCCUAAUAUUCAUGCAGGCGUGUCUCACGGCCGACUGCGUUAGAUUUUUGUUGGGUUUUUUUUCUGUUCUGUGAGUCCAUUCGAAGCUAAACGACGACACUGAAAGAUAACCGCAGGAGCUCCUUGUCUGUUUGUCUGCUGGUGUUAGAUCCUCAAUGGUGCUUUUACAUCCGUGAAACUAAUACAACGUCUGCACCAUCAUGCUUGGUCACGUACCUGUAACAGCCGGCAACAAGCUGAAUAAACAUAUAACUGACCUGCAAA